AUGGAAAAUUGCAGCGCAGUGACUGUGUUCACCUUGGAGGGCUUCGGAGGUGAAGUGCAAGUCUUCCUCUCUCUCCUCUUCUUCAUUCUCUACAGCGUCACCCUAGCAGGCAAUGUCGGCAUGAUCACCAUCAUCAGCCUUGACUCCCGGCUCCACACCCCCAUGUACUUCUUCCUGAAAAACCUCUCCUUCCUGGACCUCUGCUACUCCUCCGUCAUCACCCCCAAAGCCCUGCUGAGCUUCUCAACAGGGCGCCGGGCCAUCUCCUACAAUGGCUGCGCCACCCAAAUGUUCUUCUUUUCUCUCUUCGGUACCACCGAGGCCUUCUUCCUGGCCGCCAUGGCCUACGACCGUUUCGUCGCCAUCUGCGACCCCUUGCGCUACCCAAUGAAGAUGUCCAAGCGGGUGUGUCAGGUCUUGGUGGUAGGCUCCUACCUCUCUGGCUGCCUCAACGGCAGCAUCCAGACAGGCUUCACGUUCCGCUUGUCCUUCUGCGGCUCGGGGAAGAUCGACCACUUCUUCUGCGAUGUCCCCGCUGUGAUGAACGCUGCCUGCUCCGACACCGCCGCCAACGAAAUGGCGAUGCUGGUCGUGUGCGGGCUCAUCAUCGUGAGCACGGGCUUGGUCGUCCUGAUCUCCUAUGGCUACAUCCUCACCACGGUCUUACGGAUGCCCUCUGCCGAGUGCCGGCGCCGCGCCUUCUCCACCUGCGCCUCCCACCUGGUGGCUGUGAGCUUGUUCUUCGGGACGGUCUUCUUCAUGUACGCUCAACCCGGGGCCGUCGCCUUCCCAGGUCAAAGCAAAGUGGUCUCCGUGUUCUACACCGUCGUCAUCCCCAUGCUGAACCCUUUGAUCUACAGCUUGAGGAACAAGGAGGUGAAAGAGGCUCUGAGGAGACAACUGAAAAAGAAAGGGUUUUCCCGCUGA